AUGUCAAGUUUCUGGGAUUCUCAAACUCACCUGGCGAUACGAGCAGCUCUCUUUCUGGCGGUUCUCCUCCCUUCGACGACGGCAGAAUGUUACUGGCCCAAUGGUGAUGCUGCUGGAAGCUAUGUUUCCUGUCCUGAUAGCAAGGUUUGCUGCCUCAAAGGCGAGGCCUGUCUCUCGAAUGGUCUCUGUUAUGCGGCAAGAUACAACAUUGCAUACCGCGGUGCCUGCACGGAUUCAUCAUGGCCGAUCGCCGAUUGUCCGCAUGCAUGUUAUACCACAAUCACGGACCAGUGGGCUAAUCUCCUGACAUGCUCUGGCACUGCGAGGGGCAAUUUCACUUGCAGCACUGCAGUCGAUGGCAAGACUGCCUGUGAGCAGAAUGUGGAAACAUGGGUGUGGGAGGGAGACUCUGGUGUCAAUGUGACAGUGGCCCAGAACGGCGUCUCCUCUAUCUCGUCAACCGACAUAUCUGGCUCUACGACCAACUCGACUAGCUCUUCGACCAAUAUCCCGUCCACUACAUCCUCAUCACCUUCCUCAACGCAAACUUCUGUGUCAUCUUCGGCCAAAAAUACCUCAUAUAAGUCAGUACUUGACCUUGGAGUAGGACUAGGUGUAGGCCUGGGUGUGCCUUUGAUACUGGCUGUGUCGGUCUUAAUGUUCUAUUGCCUUCGAGUGCGACGCCAAUCCAAGACUAUUGGCGACUACCAGGACGCAACCAGGAACUUGACUGGGUAUCGUCCGAGCCAGGUAAUAGGAACCAGGGAAGCACCUUGUGAGCCAUGCGAGCUCGGCGCAGAAAAGCAUACCCCGGAACUACAUGAAUAA